UGACAAUAUAACGACUUACCGAAUGAAAACUGUCACAAUAUAAGAACAAGAAUAAUUUAUUAUUGUAGCGAAAUGGCAUUCGUUGCAAAAGCUGGAAAGCAUUUGGCAUCACUAAAUAAAACAUUAAAUAAUGCAAAAUCAAUUUCAACAACAGCUAAAACACUUGCCGGUUGGAAUAAAGAUUUUAAACCUGCACCAUAUCCAGAAACUGAUAAAGCAAAAUUAGAAGCUGCAAAAAAAUAUCGUCUAUUACCUUCUGAAUAUAGACCAUAUGCAGAUGAUGGUUUAGGUUACGGUGAUUAUCCAAAACUUGAAGCUGGUUUUGGUGUGGAAAGUAGAGAUCCUUAUUAUCCAUAUGAUUUUCCAGAACAUAAAAGAAAUUUUCAUGAAACUUUCCAUGCUGAUGUUGAAAUGUAUGAUGAAUGCCAUUACAGUCAGCCAGAAAAACCAAGAUAUUCUAAUGCUCAUUACUUCACUUGGUUUUUGGGAAGUAUGGCUGCCUUCUUUGCGAUCUAUUAUUAUUUGGAACGAAUGAGAAUGUACCGCCCAGUUAUACCAAAACAAUAUCCAAGCAAAGAUAAGAAACAUUAUACAUUUGAUAGUUAAAUUAUACAACACAAAUAGUUAAUAAUUUCAUUGUUAACGGGGGAGUUAAGAAAAAAAAUAACGAAAAUAAAUUGUGAUCCAAAUCAUUAAUAACACAAUAAAGAAUUCUUUUCAAACCGUA